AUGCUGCUGAACCCGUCACACAAGAUCACCUUUAGUGGCCUGCCGCCGGAUGUGCUUGAUGCGUACGUCCGUUAUAAGAAGGGAACCCGUGCCUUGGUGGCCUGGUUCCUCCAGUAUAGUCCCUCACCCAAUCGCCGAGUGAAAAGUCUUCCGAUCAAGGAACUGGAAUCACUGGCUCAGGCAGCGUCCAAGAAGCUUCGGUCUCUCCCUGACCAUGUGCACUUCUACUUUCGAGAGACGAUUGCGGCCCGCAAGAAGCUCAGCAAAUACUUUCGGGGACACGUGGAUGAAUCGGCCGAGGAUGUAGAUACGGUCAAUCACGAACAUUUCACUACAACUCUUGCUCAAAUAUACGACAGUCUCUGCGCCUGUUGCGGCCAUGCCAACUCUCCAUCUCAUCAGCAGCCAGGAUCCAAGCACCAGUUGGCACAGCCUCCCACCGGCCUGGUCAAUGCAUACAACAGUCUGUCGGUUGAAGACGCUGACGCCGAUGACAACGAGGGCGACGAGCAUGUGCCAGCCUUGUCAACUUGUCCAGAGUGUACGGUGUCAACUCCGCCCUCGUGCAAUGACGGGCGCCUGAAAGUCCUUUUCAGUGACGACGAACUCGGCACACUCCUAGAAGCGACCGCCGCUGUAGAGAGAAUUAAAGACAUGACUUCCGCCGUGGAACGAUGUUGGGAUCUUGCCGGCAAGAAUCAUCUGUCCUUUUCAGUCGCCUCACUGGUCACCAACGUUGCCUUUGCAUCGAUUCGUCAAGUCGGGAUUGGGCUGCUUGAGCAUGAUGAGACCCUCACCGUAUCGGGACUUCAUCGGACAGUUCAUUCAUUCGAGCGUUCCAGUCAGGGUGGAGCGUGCCCAAGCCCCGAGAACGACGAGACUACCACUACCCGACAUGUGCUGCUAGACCAGUUGCAGAACAUGGAACAGGCUCUUUUGCACUAUCGAGACGGGCAUCGGUCUUUUGACAUUCGAUCUUGUCCGACCUGCGUCCACGUCCAGAAACCCGCAGACUACUUGCAGAUGCCUCUUGGCGAGGACUGCUCAGGCAGACACCGUCUUGCUGAAGCGAUCCUGGACAACAUUUAUCACCUCGUGACAAGCUCGGAUACUCCCACAAGCAUUGUCAGAAACAGUUCUCCUGUGUACGCUGAUGCGGGCUACGUGGUUACCCGUCUGGAGGAGCAAGCCCAGUCUUGGUCCGCGGUCCUCGGGCUUCAUCUCUUGACCGCGGGAUACAGGAGCUAUCUGCAGUCGAUUGACUCGGCAAACGCCAUCUCAACAUGUCGCCUGACCGCUCUGAGGCUGGCACAACAGGCUUCGUCUCAAAUCGCCACACUCCUGAACGACAAGACGUGCUGGCCAUGCCGCUGUACUCAGACACUCGCAUUCCACCUCCAGAACCUCGAGGCAGAUCUGCGAGCGUACACGAAACACCGGUGCUGGGACUUGUAUUUCCAGGCGCCUUGGGUGGCAGGCAAUCAUGUUCUGGAGAUGCUCGAUCUGUGUCACUAUUACGGGAUGCGGGUGGUCAACUAUCGCCACUAUGUCGCGGCCAUCUUGCACUGUUAUAACGUCCUUCAGCAGCUCGGCGGCCUCGGGCAGAUCCCUGUUUUGGAGAGCCUGUGUACACAGCUCCGUGGCGUCUUCUUCCCCGGCGGCAAUCGACCGAAAGCCAACUUCCGCGCCUGUUGGAGUCGGUACGUCGGGGCUCGACUAAAGUUUAAAAAAGGCCACAGGCGUAACGACCGAGAUAGUUGGUGCAUGGCCAUUCCCGCGCAUGCUGCGAGACGCGCUGCAGGGCUUGGUUCAAAGAGCGAGCACGCUGGGUCACGGUUGGAUUGUCUGCUUUUCAAAAUCAAGCAGCAGGAUUACCACCUCAGUGACGAGCAGUGGUACAACUUGGACCGUGCCUCCACGCACCCUGGAGUUGGAAUGAGGGACGUGACCCGCCGGGGCAGUUUGUCGAUUUCGACAUCAGCGUGCGACCUCGAGUCCGAGUCCAACCCUGGCAGCGGCCCGCUCCUGGCCCUCGCCGAGACUCUUCAACGCACGUGCGACCAGUCGGAGUCGACUCUCCUGCCGACGCCUCGACUGAAUCUGUUCGCCGUGUUCCCUGCCUGUGUCCAGGUGGUGUCGAGACUUUCUGACGUGACACAUACGAGGGAGGAGGACCGGGGCAUGAACUGUAUCUGCUUCGUCAGUUCAAUUUUGGCGGCGGCCGACCGGCUCUGUGACAGUCGAAGACUGGGGCGGAUCGAGACAUGGAAGAAAACCGAGCGAGACUGCGUGGAGCUGACGAAGGAUGCCAUCCAAGAUGUCUUUGGCAACGUCACGGCGGAGCAGUGGUUAUGGGAUGUCUGA